AUGCCAAAGCGGAAAAGAGAGUCGGCGGUCGAGAACGGCCAUAAUGAAUCGUCCUCCGAUCAGGGACAGAAAGGAGGCCAGAAUCUGGUGGAGGUUCUUCCUGGCAUUACGCGCAAGAUCACUGCGUGCGCCGCCUGUCGCAAGAACAAGAUCCGCUGCGAUAUGCCAGGCGAUGGCCCUCCCUGCGUCCGAUGUCGCCGCCGGGGGCUCUCGUGCGUUCUCAACCGCAGUCUUCAGUCCCUGAUCGAGGAUACCAGAAAUGUGAAGCUCCUUCAAACAGACGUCACCCACCUGCACGAUACCCUCGACUUGCUCUGCCAACACAUCGGAGUCGAAGGCCCAAAAGCUCUCCGUUCAACACAACAGGAGGAAGAAGGCUGCGAAGUGUCGCCUCCCGAUUCGCCGUCCGCUGUGCAGGCCCCGAUCGACACAUUCCUGGACAUCGCCAAAACCCGCAGUCCGCAUUCCAUUGACUCGCCCGCCAGUGCACGCGCCAGCCGGUCGGGGACGAGGUCAGAUCUCAUCAGCAAGGGCAUUAUCAGCGCCACAAUUGCCGAGCGACUGGUCCAUCACUACUUUGCAAGACUCGACCACUACCUUUACGGGAUUGGAGGGGAAUAUCAGGGACUGGAGCAGCUGCGGGCGAACGCGCCGAUUCUUCUCGCCGCCAUCUGCACCGUCUCUGCCCUGCACGAUCCACAGGAGCGUGUCGUGUAUGAAGCCUGCAAUCGCGAAUUCCGGUCGUUAAUCGCCAAAUCGACCUUUGAGAAGCGAGAUGUCGACUAUAUCCGUGCACUGUGCAUCAGCUCCUUCUGGCUGGCAGAUGCCUCGCGCAUCGUCUGCAGUGAUGCGAUCCGACGCGCGGCGGACAUGCGACUCCAUCGCAGCUUCGAUGCUCUGUUCGAGGAUCGCACAGGGUUAGGAAGUGGGCCGAUGCCCUCUAUACCGUCCCCAUCAAUGCAGAAUCUGUCCGCUGCCACUGAUCGCGUGCGCCUGUGGUACCUCCUGUUCGUCUGCGACCAGCAUCUGUCUAUCCUGCACAACCGAGACUCGCUGCUGCGGAGCGACAAAGGAAUCGCAGUCGGCUGGGAGCUGUACCUACAUCGUGCUGAGACGACUGAGUCGGACUGCGUGAUGUGCUGGGAUCCGACAACCAAACCCCCCUACCCCCCAGCUCUAGCCGGCCAGAUCCUCAACUACUCGCGACAGCUCGACAAGUGGUACACCAAGUUCUCUGCUCUAUUUGUGACAAACGCCUUUAUCGGCGAGUUCCCCAAGCGUGGCCUCCAACUGCACUACCAAUUUGGCAAACUAUAUCUCGGCCACCAGGUGUUUAAAGGCCUUCGUGGGCGGCCCAUUCCUCCUCAUUUCCUGUCCGCCGCAACAAUGGCGCAUGACACUGCAGUCUCUAUCUUCGAGAUGAUACUCGGCGAGCCAGAGCUGCAGGAGGGAUUGGUCGGCAUGCCGCAUUACUUCCAUGUAAUGAUUGCCUUUGCCGGCCAUCUACUACUACAAAUCUGCCAAAAUUACUACGAACAGCUUGCGAUCAAGAUACAGGAUGACUUUCAGCUUAUCAACAGCGCAUUGAACCUAUUUAGAAACACCCAGUGUAUCCCCCAGCACCCCAUCUGGCGAAUGACACCGGGUCUGAACAGAAAACUGCACGACUGCUCUGCCAGCAUCGGAGUCCCAGUUCCCUCCGCAGUCCCUGUUGGAGGAUUAAGUGCACAGCAUGCCAUCCCCGGCCAGGAAGCUCUAUACUACCCCCCAGUCCCUACAGCAGAAGCUUCGCAGCCCCUAGACGAGCUCCUAUUUGCCGAUUUUGGCGAAUUCAACUUCCCAGACCUGACAUCAAACUUCAUGACAUAA